GCGGAGCCCUCUGGGCGGGAGGGGGCGCCAUGCGCCAUGUCAUGGAGGUUCAGUGUGCGAGCGGCCAUUGAAGGGGUCGGAGCUGCGCGUAGAGCGAGGCGGCGGCGAGCGCUGCUUCCCGCGGCCUUUUCCCUUCGUUCCUCCUUCCCGGCUUUAUCCCUCAGCGGCACCUUCCUCCACCUCCCGCAUCGUGCAGCCGUUCCCCCGCCGCGGCCACCCUCCCUCGCCAAGUGCGGAGCCGCGGGAGGGGGGGGGGAGAUGGAGAUGAAGAAGCGAAUUAACCUGGAGUUGAGGAACAGAGCCCCCGAGAAGGUGACAGAGUUGGUGCUGGAUAACUGCCGGUCAAGCAACGGGGAAAUCGAAGGCCUGAACGACUCCUUUAAGGAACUCAAGUUUCUCAGCAUGGCCAACGUUGAGCUGACCUCACUGGCCAAGCUCCCCACGUUGAGUAAGCUCCGAAAGUUGGAGUUGAGUGACAACAUCAUUUCCGGAGGCCUGGAUGUCCUUGCAGAAAGAUGUCCAAAUCUCACAUAUCUAAAUCUAAGUGGCAACAAAAUCAAAGAUCUUGGCACUGUGGAAGCUCUUCAAAAUCUCAAAAACUUGAAGAGCCUUGACCUGUUCAACUGUGAGAUCACAAAACUAGAGGAUUACAGGGACAGCAUUUUUGAGCUGCUUCAGCAAAUCACAUACCUCGAUGGCUUUGAUCAGGAGGAUAACGAGGCUCCAGACUCAGAAGAUGAGGAUGAUGAGGAAGGAGAUGAAGAUGAUGAUGAUGAAGAUGAGAACGAAGCUGGUCCUCCAGGGGAGUAUGAAGAGGAAGAUGAUGAAGAUGAUGGGGGUUCAGAUUUGGGGGAAGGAGAAGAGGAGGAGGAAGUUGGUCUUUCCUACCUGAUGAAAGAAGAGAUUCAGGAUGAAGAUGAUGAUGAUGACUACGUUGAAGAAGGAGGUGAUGAGGAGGAAGAAGAGGGUGUUCGAGGGGAGAAGAGGAAACGAGAGCCUGAAGAUGAAGGAGAGGAAGAGGAGGAUUAAAGGUGUUCCAGCCCCAAGUAGGACCAGACUCUUCAGUUCCAGACAUGCAAUAGUGAUUAUGCAGCUCUCUUAUGUCUCCAUGUACCAUAGAUGUCCCUACAGAAGAGAAUAUGUUAACUUUUUAUAGGAAAAAAGUGUGGUUUUACUAUUCUUGCCCUUUUUAUCAUUCCAAAUAAGAUAUAAUAGCCUGGUAGUGAACCUAUGUGUAGGAAAUCAAUUUUCAGCCCUAUAAUCACUGAAGCCAUUGUCAGGUUUUUUCUCUCCUUUCCCCCCCCUUCUAGACUUUUAUUUGGAGCUCUUUAAUUUUCUACAAGCUUGCUGUGUUGGUCAUUAGCCCAGAGCUGAACCACCCAUUUCACAUGGUGUGAAUUUCCUUCAAGAUUUUAAAGUUUUUAUACUAAAAAAAAAAAAAGAAAAAAAGAAAAAAAAAAAAAAGUGCUGAAUUUCAAAAAAUGCUCCAUGGGGAAUUCCAGUCUCUUUUCAGUGAGAUGUUUGACUGAGUUUACCAGGGAUUCUGUUGGAAAUUGAUUCCACCUUUAUCUCAGCUUUCUAAAAGGUGACUCCUGAAAUAUUUUUAUUUUUUUUAAAGCCUUUUUCUCCAUUUUGUGUGUUACAUCCUAAAGCCUCAGUGGGUUUCAGAAGGUAUUUUUUCCUGCUUGUCCAAGUGGUUGGGGUUUUGCUGGAGGAUACCUUCAGGAAUGCAUCUUGGCAAACUGAAAGGGUUGUAAUCUCUAGGUUUUGCCCCAAAACAUUGAUUAGAGGUUUUACCAAAACCAAAUAAUCUGUAAUUUUCAACCAUUUCACUCAGUAUGUGUUAAAUGUUCACUCCCUUUGCUCUCAUGGGGUCAUUUGGGGAAUUCUGCAGCACUCCUGCUAUCUGGCUGGGCAAUAUUUACAUUUUAAUGCAGAUGUUAACGGGUAACUCCUUCAUUUUUUUUCAGACAACUCCUUCCCCACUUUUACAGAAUCUCACAAGGCAGAAAGUUGACCCAUGAGUUAAUCUUUCCUCACCUUUUCAACUUCAUCCAUCUGGUUGUAGGCAAAACAUUCAAGCUUGUGUAUAAUACCAGGUAAUAGUUUAGGGUUUUUUUAUAUCAAAUGGCUGCAGAAACUUGUUCUAAUGGGUACAGUUGGUGCAAGUACAGUGCAGACAAGUUCUUUUUGUUUGGUUUUUUUUUCCUGGCAGCCUGUGACCACCAGGUCUUGGUAAUUCUGCCCCAAUGGAUUCAUGUUUUCUCUUGGAGCCACUGCAAAAGAAAUUUCAGACACAGAGCAUUCCUCCUUCAGCUCCCAUUUGGAAUUCCACCAGUAGUCUUGCUCUAAAACCUAAUUUACAUUGUGUCACAUAGGUACUGAACCAAAUAACACACACAGCUUUAUUCAAGAGAAUUAUUUUUAUAUGUCUUGGCUGACAGUAGCUGCCAUUAAACUGGGGGAGACACCUUGGCUGGGAGAUUUCCUGGGCCUAAGAAAGAGUCAGUCACCUGUAGCUCUGUUACCUGUGAAUAUUUAAGAGUUGUUUCACACUAGCAGACUUUUCAAUGUGACUUCCAGCUCUUCAGAUACUGCAGGGUUGAAGUUCUGCAAAGCCAGAGUUCUUGUGUGGUUUGGUUUGGUUUGGUUUGGUUUGGUUGGGUUUUUUGGGGGUUUUUGGUUUUUUUUCUUCCCCCUCCCUCCCUCCCAGAAUAGAGCCUUAAACCAUAGUUCCUCACCUGGGAAGCAUCACUGGUCUGAAGGGAUUGCAGAGGGCAACAGACCUGGAAAUGAACUGAGAAAAGGGGGGGUUGAGUUAUUUUGGUUUUCUUUUUUUUUUUUUUUUUAAACUAUCUGUAAAGACACUAGAAAAGUAGAGGUAAAACUACAUCUGCAGCCACAACCUUGAGUUCCUGUGUUGGUGUGUGAGUACUGAAUGAGUAGAACCCUUAGGUAAGUGCACAUCCUAGCUUGUCGUGGAGGCUCUGUGUUCCAGGCAGUUGCUUUGUGCUCAGCUUUGAGGUAGAAAAGUGUUUUUUCCCAUCUUUUUUCUUGCUUGAGUUGUUUGGGGUUUUUUUUGUUCUGUUUCGGUAGUCUGGGCGAAUGAUUGAAACCUGUUAUAAGUGUGUACUUCCAAGUACCUCAUCAGGGGAUUUUUGGUUUUUUUUUUCCAUAACAGUCUUUUCCUGAUGCAUAUAAAAUGAGUUGGAAGCAGGGAAAAAACAAACAAACAAAAAAAACCAAAAACCAAAUCUUUCCAUUUAAGAAGUAAAAAUUGAGUCUUCUUUCAGCCAGCAAGUCCAGUUUGGAUACUGGAUGAGGGCAAAACCAGAAUAAACUUAGGUUUAAAAGGUUUAACAGACCUUCCCCAAGACUUCAAGCUUCCUAAAAACCAACCUGUAGAGUCGUGCAUCAGCCUCUCCAUUAAAAAGGAAAAAAAAAUUAAAAAAAAAAAAUCUGAGCCUCACACCAACUCUAAAGAACUUUUGUCUUUUCCUCAGCAUUUUACCAUCACUGAAGUGUAGUUUCCUAUUUGUCAGCUUGGCAUGCAAUGAAACGGAGUUGCAUUUUUUAAAACUUAAGUAAUACAGAGCCUCCAGAUAACUUUUGAAACUUUUUUGCUUGGUGGGUGGUCUUUUCAUGCAAAUAUGUAAGGGUGGGUUUUAUAUUUUGUAGAGGUUUUUGUCCUAUUUUAAUGCUCUUUGUAUGGCAGUAUGUAUAUAGUGUGUUUUUGGUUCCUUCUCAAACUCUUUCCUUAAAACUUUGGAGUAACUGAUUUUGUGCAACUGUGUUUUGAAUAAAGCCAUGGCAGUGUUAAAUUAAAGAAAACAACCCUGCAGCACUCUUCUUAUAAUUUUUAGUUGUAACAAAACAUGUUUCCUCCUCACUUGUGCUGUAAAUUUUAAAUUAAAAAAAAAAAAAGUUUUCAAACUGAAUUAUUUCAAAUAAAUUGAGACUAUUGUGUU